UUUUGGAGGGAAAAUCUUAAGUUAAAAAAGUCAACAAUUUAUUAUUGUGUUAAUUUAACUAAUUUAAAAGGCAUUUAUAAUGGGAAUUCAAGGACUAGCAAAGUUGAUAGCUGAUGUAGCACCACAUGCAAUCAAAGAGACUGAAAUUAAGAACUACUUUGGAAGGAAAAUUGCGAUUGAUGCAAGUAUGUCGCUGUACCAGUUCCUGAUUGCUGUUAGAGCCGAAGGAGCACAACUGACGGAUGCAAAUGGUGAAACAACAUCACAUUUAAUGGGUAUUUUCUAUCGUACAAUUCGACUUUUGGACAACGGAAUCAAGCCUGUCUAUGUUUUUGAUGGAAAACCACCAGAUAUGAAAAGUGGAGAGUUAAACAAACGUGCUGAACGUCGUGAAGAAGCACAAAAGGCUUUAGAUAAAGCCACAGAAGCUGGUGAUCAAGCAGAAAUGGACAAAAUGAAUCGUCGUCUUGUUAAAGUCACAAAAGAACACAAUAACGAAGCAAAGGAACUGCUUAAAUUAAUGGGUGUUCCAUAUAUUGAUGCUGCAUCGGAAGCAGAAGCUCAAUGUUCAGCAAUGGUUAAGGCUGGCAAAGUUUUUGGUGUUGCAACUGAGGAUAUGGAUGCUUUAACUUUUGGUGCCAAUGUCCUUCUUCGUCACAUGACAUUUAGUGAGGCACGAAAGAUGCCAGUUCAGGAAAUUCAUUAUGAAAAGGUUUUGAAAGGAUUGGAAUUAGAAAGAGAUGAAUUUAUUGACUUGUGUAUUCUCAUGGGAUGUGAUUAUUGUGAUACAAUUCGUGGCAUUGGACCUAAAAGAGCAAUAGAGCUAAUCCAAAAGUACAAAUCAAUUGAGAAAAUUGUUGAUAAUAUUGACAAGAAAAAGUAUGAAGUUCCUGAAGAUUGGAAUUACGAGAGAGCUCGAGAAUUAUUUAAGGAACCAGAAAUCACUGAUGUCGAAACAAUUGAUCUAAAAUGGACAGCACCAGAUGAAGAUGGUCUUGUGAAAUAUUUAUGUGGUGAUAAGCAGUUCAAUGAAGAUCGAGUCCGUUCAGGAGCGCAAAAAAUUUCAAAGUCACUUAAAACAGCUACACAAGGACGACUGGACAGUUUCUUUAAAGUAUUAUCAUCAACAACUACAACGACUGGACCUGCUAAGCGUAAAGUUGAUGAUAAGAAGAAUGGACCUAAUAAUAAGAAGGCAAAAGGUGGUGGACGUAAACCAAAAUAAAUCUCAUUAAGUAAUGUAUUCAUUUUUAAAGUUUUGCUCUCAAAUAAAAUAACUUAAUUCAAAUGUUUGAUUUUUUCAAAAAAUUCAAUAAUUUUG